AUGUUUUCUUUUUCUAUGUUUCCUUUGAUUCUUCUAGACGAUUGUUCUUGGUUUGGUGCAAUACCGCAGCUGAGAGUUUAUGAAGAUGGAGCGGUUUCGGACCAAUGCUGCUCUCUUGUUUCCGCUCGCUGUCAAUCAUUCGAAGUUCUACGAUACGAUCGGCCCUUGUUUUUCAUCUGGAAAGACGUUACUUAUAAUUUUUUUCUCAAUUCUGUAAUUUUGAUAUUCUCUGGCCCUCAACGGACCAAAACUUAUUUUUUUUUCCUUGAGUCUGAAACCGUAGUACCAAAAUUCCAAGCUCACUACAACACUCUUGGAUGUUGCGAUCAGCGUGCACGGACAAAAAAUGCCCACCUGAAAUGA